AUGCGCCCCCCGCGGCACCUGGGGCCACCUGAGCGCCCUGCCCUCCGGGGCUGCGCGCCCGGCCGAGGCUCAGACCCUGGGGCUCCGACGCUGCUCACCCCAGUAGGGAGCAUCGACGAGGCCCCGGGGCCAAUGGCAGAGACAGGACAGCACCCUGAAAAGCAAAGAGAAGCCAUGCACCCAAUCCGGGGUCCCACCCUGAGGAAGCUGAGAUUCUGGCUGGCAGGAGGGAGGAAGGCUCUGCAGUGUCCUAUUACCCUGAAAUCCACACGGGCAGGAACGCGGCUGCCUAAGCAGACUCAGACAGCUCCCUCAGCCGUGGCAGCCAGAGUCGCUGGUGGCAAGUGGCAGAAGCUGACUCUGGUCACUGAAGCAGGAAGGGAUCUGUGGGAAGAUCGCCAGGCCUCAAGUGGAACCCAGGGCGGGUGGGGGUCAGCAGGAGCUGCAGGAAGCGGGGAGCACAACCACGCCCCGGGGACCAGACGCCACCCCAGCUCUGCACCACUGCGCGGCCGGACUGCACCGCCACGGGCCAUGGCCGCUGCCUUCCGAGAAGCCCGCCACCACCACGGGUCAGAGCCGCCGAUCACACAGCCGCGGGCGCUGCUGCUGGAGGUCACCGCCGAGGACACUGCCACCACGGCCAGACCCCAGGGCCACAGGGCACGGUCACCCCAUCAGUGGCUCUGCAGGGACCCGCCAUCUGACGCCACACCUGACACUCGACACCCACAUGAACUUUAA